AUGUAUUGGCCUCACGCCACACUUUGGCGACAAGGAGUCGCAAAACAGAAGUGGCAUUUUGGGACCGUAGAUAAAAAUGGUAAUCAGUUUACUCCUGGCACCAAUGUCUGUAAUACUGCGAAUGAUCCGAAUUUCAUAAUCAAUAUCCCUGUUGCCGAUAUAUUUUACGAUCCACCAGUUCCGAGAAUUGGAUAUACAGGACCCUUAGGUCUUCCUAUAUUUUAUAAUGCUAAUGUUGUAAUUGAUCUAUAUCAAGUUCAGAAAGCGGUUUUAAUGAAACAG